AUGGCUGUUACGAAAGCACACCCCGGUGUGAAGGCUCAUAUCAUUGUCAAUGGUACUCGGCUUGUUGAGUUCGACGACGAUGAUGCGGAGGCUGGCGAUAAUAGAGUGAGCAAAUAUGUUGAGUGCCAGUCUGGUGCUGAGUUUGAGGUCCUAUGCAAGGUCUCGCGACCCUGGCCUCGCUGCGAUCUCGCACUCCAUGUCUAUUGUGAUGGGAAGUGGGCAGCAGGCAGGCUCAUUUGUAAGAAAGACCAGAACGGGAAGGCUGUAUCAGAAACGAUCAAUGGGCAUAAUUAUGGCCGCGACAAUGACUGGCACCUAGAGAAGUUCUGCUUCUCCGAGUUGACUAUUGAUACUUCUGGGGCACCCACUGUCAAAGACACAUCGAUGAAAAAGCUAGAAGAGCUGGGCGAGAUCACCCUGAAAGUUCAUCGUGUCAAAAUCACGAAGCCGUCAGGGAAAGUUUGUAUCUCAAAAGAUCAUUUGGGUCUGAGUAGCGUUCCUGAGAAAGCUCUGAAAGGUCGGGCUCUCUCGCACCAGUCAAGGUCCACAACAGUCGCCCUUCAGUCGCUCCUUAUCAUUCCACGGACACCUAGUCCAGUCCCACUCGAAGAGAGAGAACUCGAUACAUUGACACCAGAAGAGUCGCUUGAACUGAUCCGCCGAAUGCGUGAACGCGAAUUAUCAUCUGUUGCUAUCAAACGCGAAAGGAUGAAACGCGAACACAGUUGCGAGAGAAACGGCACUGAAAUUAAAGCAGGAGACAGCGUUAGUGGUGAGAAAUCAUUUGUCUCGAGCAAGCGAAGAUGCCUGCCAGCCACUAUCAACAAAGAUGGUUUCGAGAUUAUUGACUUGACUUGA